AUGAUGGCAAGAGCUGCCAGACUUGGCGCAGAACUCAGAUUCCAUGAUAUCGAAAGAGAUAAGGUGGCCGCUUUAAAACGACAAGAAGAAGACAUCAAGAAACUGCAAAUAAUGAGGGAACUAGCAGCCACUAACGCCGAACUUGAAGCAGUAACUAAAAUCGAAGAGGAGGAAUUCGGUGUUACCAUAAAUAAGACGGACGAUCUUGGACUCUCAGAAGAUGACGCCCAUAGCCGUAUCGAGGAAUACCUAAAGUCACAAUUGCAGUCCAUUACUGACGAAUCGUCUCCCGAACCUACCGCUAAAACAAAUGUCAUAGCCACAACGAUGUCGGAAGUGGUCGCCAGCUCGUAUCAACCCUCCGGGGCAGCCUCUGGAUUCCAAAUCGCCCCCUCCACUUCAAUCUCAAGAUCGCACGCCGAAACAAACGUUACAUUCGUCAAGAGGUCAGAAGUCACUGCCAGUUCUUGUCAGCCUUCUAUUUUAAACCCUGCCGCUCCCGCCUUUACGACAAAUUCGAUGCCUGUCCAAACGAUUACAUAUCCAUUAAGUCCUUCCCAGGCUUCCCCGAACGGUAGAGCUGGUACACCGGAAUUGACAGGUGUCGGCGAAGUCAUCACGAAAUUAGCAGAUCUGCUCACUCAGCGACAGGACAAGGACUCACUCCGCCGGCCAGAACCUGAAGUAUUCAACGGUGACCUGUUGCGAUACCCACUAUGG